CAUGCCUGGCUUCAGUAGAAGCAAAAUGUACGGGCUUAGUUUGUAAGUCGGCUUGCCCUGCCUCUCCUUUUUGCCCUUUUAAGACACCAGUAUGUGUUGAAACAUGCUCCUUUAUCAUGGCCCCCCAAGAAAUACAUUGUUGUGUCACUUAGAGCCUCAAAGGGAUGUUUGUUUUCUUGCCUUGAGCUCUAUAAACCUUGCAGAUUUUACUGUUCGUUGGGGACGAGAUGGCCAGAUAUCAGGGUGUCCUGCAGUGCCAGUGUCGGGGUGCAGCUACAAUUCAGGAGUGCUGGAGUCCUCUGUAUAUAGACAAGACAUGUCUGCCCCAGGGGCUUCCAGGAACUCACGGGAAGAAAUGGCAGGUGGUAGAGAAUCGGCCUGUCAUCCCUGUCUUCCUUUCCCUCCUUUCCCAGUACAUACAGGCGGAACCACCGACCAACAAGUCCCUGUCGAGCCUGGUUGUGCAGUUGCUCCAGUUUCAGGAAGAGGUUUUUGGCAAACAUGUCAGCAACGCACCCCUUACCAAACUGCCGAUCAAAUGUUUCCUAGAUUUCAAAGCAGGAGGAUCCCUGUGCCACAUUCUUGCAGCCGCCUACAAAUUUAAGAGUGACCAGGGAUGGCGGCGUUACGAUUUCCAGAACCCAUCCCGCAUGGACCGCAAUGUGGAAAUGUUCAUGACCAUUGAGAAGUCCUUGGUGCAGAAUAAUUGCCUGUCUCGACCUAACAUUUUCCUGUGCCCAGAGAUUGAGCCCAAACUGCUAGGGAAAUUAAAAGACAUUGUUAAGAGACACCAGGGAACUGUUACUGAGGACAAGAGCAAUGCCUCCCAUGUUGUGUAUCCUGUCCCAGGGAACCUAGAAGAAGAGGAAUGGGUACGGCCAGUUAUGAAGAGAGACAAACAAGUUCUUCUGCACUGGGGCUACUACCCUGACAGUUACGAUACGUGGAUCCCAGCCAGUGAAAUUGAAGCAUCUGUGGAAGAUGCUCCAACGCCUGAGAAACCUCGGAAGAUUCACGCCAAGUGGAUCCUCGACACGGACACCUUCAAUGAGUGGAUGAACGAGGAAGACUAUGAAGUCAGUGACGACAAGAGCCCUGUUUCCCGACGGAAGAAGAUCUCGGCGAAGACGCUGACAGAUGAGGUAAACAGCCCAGAUUCAGACAGGCGGGACAAGAAGGGGGGGAACUAUAAGAAGAGGAAGCGCUCUCCGUCUCCUUCGCCCACCCCAGAAGCUAAGAAGAAGAACGCUAAGAAAGGACCCUCAACACCUUACACCAAGUCAAAGCGAGGCCACAGAGAAGAGGAGCAGGAAGAGCUGACGAAAGACAUGGAUGAGCCCUCGCCAGUCCCAAACGUAGAAGAGGUGACACUCCCCAAAGCAGUCAACACUAAGAAGGACUCGGAGUCAGCUCCAGUUAAAGGAGGCACCAUGACUGACCUGGAUGAACAGGAGGAUGAAAGCAUGGAGACCACGGGCAAGGAUGAGGACGAGAGCAGUACGGGCAACAAGGGGGAGCAGACCAAGAAUCCAGACCUGCACGAGGACAACGUGACCGAGCAGACCCAUCACAUCAUCAUCCCCAGCUACGCCGCCUGGUUUGACUACAAUAGUGUUCACGCCAUUGAGCGGAGGGCUCUCCCUGAGUUCUUCAACGGCAAGAACAAGUCCAAGACUCCAGAGAUCUACCUGGCGUAUCGAAACUUCAUGAUUGACACUUACCGACUGAAUCCCCAGGAGUAUCUAACAUCCACUGCCUGUCGGCGGAACUUGGCGGGUGAUGUCUGCGCUAUCAUGAGGGUCCAUGCCUUCCUGGAACAAUGGGGUCUUAUUAACUACCAGGUAGAUGCUGAGAGCCGACCAACCCCAAUGGGGCCUCCACCCACGUCUCACUUCCAUGUCUUGGCGGACACACCAUCAGGGCUGGUUCCUCUUCAGCCCAAGACCCCACAGGGCCGCCAGGUUGAUGCUGAUACCAAGGCUGGGCGGAAGGGCAAAGAGCUGGAUGACCUGGUGCCAGAGACGGCUAAGGGCAAGCCAGAGCUGCAGAGCUCUGCUUCCCAACAAAUGCUCAACUUUCCUGACAAAGGCAAAGAGAAACCCACGGACAUGCAGAACUUUGGACUGCGCACAGACAUGUAUACAAAGAAGAAUGUCGCCUCCAAGAGUAAAGCUGCAGCCAGCGCCACUCGGGAGUGGACAGAACAGGAGACGCUGCUGCUCCUGGAGGCUCUGGAAAUGUACAAGGAUGACUGGAACAAAGUGUCUGAACACGUGGGGAGCCGCACGCAGGAUGAGUGCAUCUUGCAUUUUCUUCGCCUUCCCAUUGAAGACCCAUACCUGGAGGACUCGGAGGCCUCCCUAGGCCCUCUGGCCUACCAGCCCAUCCCCUUCAGUCAGUCGGGCAACCCUGUUAUGAGCACUGUUGCCUUCCUGGCCUCUGUCGUCGACCCCCGCGUCGCCUCUGCUGCUGCGAAGUCAGCCUUAGAAGAGUUCUCCAAAAUGAAGGAAGAGGUGCCCACAGCCUUGGUGGAAGCCCAUGUGCGGAAAGUGGAAGAAGCAGCCAAGGUCACAGGCAAGGCAGAUCCCGCCUUUGGUCUGGAAAGCAGCGGCAUUGCAGGAACCACCUCUGAUGAGCCCGAGCGCAUUGAGGAAAGUGGGACUGAUGAGGCCCGGGCAGAGGGCCAGGCGGCAGAUGAGAAGAAGGAGCCGAAGGAACCACGGGAAGGAGCAGGUAUUGCAGAGGAAGAAGCGAAGGAGGAAGCCAGUGAGGCUCCCAAGAAGGAUGAGGAGAAAGGGAAAGAAGGGGACAGUGAGAAGGAGUCCGAGAAGAGCGACGGGGACCCGGCAGCUGAUCCUGAGAAAGACAAGGAGCCGAAAGAAGGACAGGAGGAAGUGCUGAAGGAGGCGGUGGAGUCAGAGGGGGAGAGGAGGACGAAGGUGGAGCGAGACAUUGGUGAGGGGAACCUCUCCACAGCUGCUGCCGCUGCCCUGGCCGCUGCCGCAGUGAAGGCCAAGGGUCUUCCAAAAGAAAAAGUGGGGCCGAGGUGUCUGCCCAAGGAUCUGGACCUGCUGACCGUAUUCUGUUGGCACUGGCAGCUGGAGUACCAGAGGCAGCAGCUCCUGGCCGACCGGCAGGCCUUCCACAUGGAGCAGCUGAAGUACGCAGAGAUGAGGGCCCGGCAGCAGCACUUCCAGCAGAUGCACCAGCAGCAGCAGCAGCAGCCACCAACCCUGCCCCCAGGCUCCCAGCCCAUACCCCCGCCUGGGGCUGCUGGGCCUCCCACGGCCCAUGGUCUAGCUGUGGCUCCAGCAGCUGUGGCCCCUGCUCCUGCUGGCGGUGGGGCCCCUCCUGGAAGCUUGGGCCCUUCUGAGCAGAUGGGGCAAGCAGGGUCAACUGCAGUGCCACAACAGCCACAAGCAGCUGGAGCCUCCCAGCCUGGGGCAGUCCCACCAGGGGUACCCCCCCCUGGACCCCACGGCCCCUCACCGUUCCCCAACCAACAAACUCCUCCCUCAAUGAUGCCAGGGGCAGUGCCAGGCAGCGGGCACCCAGGCGUGGCGGCCCAGAGCCCUGCCAUUGUGGCAGCUGUUCAGGGCAACCUCCUGCCCAGUGCCAGCCCACUGCCAGACCCCGGCACGCCCCUGCCUCCAGACCCCACAGCUCCGAGCCCAGGCACAGUCACCCCUGUGCCACCUUCACAGUGAGGAGCCAGCCAGCCAUCUUUCCCCCUCACUCCCCAUGGAGGUCACAGUUCCAGGAACAGCCCUCCCCCACUUCUGGGACCUCUCUGAGCCUGGAGAGUUCAUCACUACGUAAGGAAAGCUCCUCAUGCCCCCUCACUGCCCCACCAUGCCCAUCAGAGGUGUGCAGUUUUAUAUCCAGUUCUUAUCCACGGACUUCUGACUAAAAGAUGUUUCUCAUGCCUGGGAGAGAGGCUAGGGUGGAAAUGGAGCCCUCAAAGGAAGGGCCAGGGAAAGAUGUUUGUUUAUAGGAGAUUCUGUUAACCACUUCUGAGGGUGCCCCCUUCAGACUACUGUAUUUUUUAAGUGGAUAUCGUGAAAACGAAACCCUUUAAAAGGGAGGUUUUAAAAAGACAUAUUGGAGUCCACAAAAAAUAACUUUUUUUGAGGGGGAAGGGCAGAUUUUAAGGGGAAUUAAGGUUUGGGGGCGAGCUGUGGGGAUGGACUAGGGUACCAAACCUGUCUCCCUGAGCCCCUUGGCACCAAGUCGGCUCCCUCACCCAUUCCAGUCUACCAUGCUGAGCCCUCCCGCUGCUUGUCAUUGCUGCUGUUUUAGGCCAUAGCUCAGCAAUGACCUGCCCUCUGAAUGUCAGCUGUGUUUGUUUUUAAAAGUCACCUGCUUAGUUGA